CUUUGGUAAUGGAGGCAUCUACAGCAGCCAGCAAGAGUCCCGAGUCCAUCGACCUUUCUGCUUCUUUCUAUGUGUACAUCGCAAUGGGAUUACUGGGGUUGCUCGGAAACACUUUUGUCUGCCUGGUGAUGCUGCGGUAUCCCAAGGUUUUCAAUUCCACAACCAACAAGCUCAUCCUGCAUCAAUCUGUGAUCGAUUUGGUGGCGUCUUUGGUUUUCCUUCUCCGCCGAUUUCUGGUGGUCUCAACACCGGUACCAGACGGUGUGGUUGGUUCACUCUAUUGCACUCUCUGGUGGUCUGAAUGGCCGCAGUACGGCAUGUUCGUUGCGUCCACCUACAAUCUGGUUGCGAUAUCUUUGGAGCGAUACGGGGCGACUUGUCACCCUGCCUGCCACCGUAACAGGCUGACAGGUAAACGUCUGAGCUGCACGAUGGUUGGUGUCUGGAUAUGUGGUUGGCUACCAGAGGCUCCUAUUUUGUGGACCACUUACAGUAGCAAUGAUUCCUGUCAUGCAACGUGGCCCAGUCAUCUCGUCCAAGCUGUUACAGGCAUCCUAAUUCUCCUCUGGGAACUUGUUAUUCCGAUUUCUAUCAUGAUCUUUGCCUACACAAAAGUUAGCUUGGAGCUCCGUAAGCGAUCUAAAGCUAGGGUCCGCAACAACGACGCCCGAAAGAUGUUGUCCAAAGCUAACAUGAAUGUCACCAAGACCCUGGUGGUCGUGGCUAUCUGCUUUGCUGUGUGCUGGAUACCGACCGAUGUGAACUACAUCUUGCUUAAUCUUGGGUUGAAUGGCAACUCAACCGAUAGCGUUUUCUACCAGGCUACGGGCGCAAUCGUCGUCAUCAACCUGUGCAUCAAUCCGAUCAUCUACUGCUUUACGUACGAUCGCUUUAAAAAACAGCUCAGGAAGAUGGUUUGUGGUGGCUGCAUCGGUCGCAGCAACCAAAUUGACACCUUGCGUUGA